AUGGUUGAGCAUUUACAAUACUGGCAUCAGGACAUCUAUGGACAGUACAAGCACCUCGAGAAAUUCUGGAAAAAGGUCGACACCAGAAAGAAGGUAAAUCCGCAGCUACGAGGCGUGGUUCCCCUAAAAAGCCCCAGAAAGUCGUCAGCUGAGAGCAACCCGCAAGGUAUCGAUUUUCAGGGACUAAAAAGGUUAAUGGAAGAAAGUAAGAAGUUGGCAAAUGGACAUCGGGACGCGAACCGGGAUGGCGCUGGGGGUUCGGCUGCUGUGGAUACGGAAAAUCGUAUCAACGGGGCCACGUCAUCAAGUCGUAUGAAAGCGGAACCCUUUUCAGAGGUUGAGCAAGAGCGUAAAGCUCACGAUGUACAGGAACAUCGGGAAAAGCGCGACAAGAACUUGGCAGGUCCAAGUCCAGCUAAUAAUGCUAUAUGCAGCAAAACCGGAAGUUGGUCUCAAAGUGGAAUGUUCGGCGAUAAGGAGUUGAUCGACCUUUUCGAGGGCUACAGAAGGAUCGCAGGGAUUAUCGACCUAAAAGAAUAUACAAAGAUGUUCGAGUGCCAGAUUAUA